UUUGAAAAGGGUCCAUCCACUCCGUCAUAUUCUUGAGCCUCGUACAAAUUUUUUUCUUCCUUGAGUUUGUAGAAGCUAGCUAAUUAACAACAAUGUCCACAUCCAAAAAAAACAAGGGGAAGAAAGUAAUACAUCAAGACGAACUUCGCAGGCUGAUGAGAGAGAAACAAAGACAAACAACGGAUAAAAAGCGAAUCGAGUCUCCUUACGCCAAGUACAACAGUCUCGGGCACCUCAAUUGCGUAGUCUGCAAUGUGCAGGUGAAAUCAGAAUUAUUGUGGCCGACGCACAUUCUCGGAAAGCAGCACAAGGAGAAAGUUUUAGAUCUUAAAAGUUCAAAACAGUCGACUGCAAGCCAAGGACCCCAACCCCUUUUGAAAAGAAAAGCAUUGGUUUCUGAAGUCACUAAUGCUGAGAAGAAGUCUAAAUCCCAGUCGUCUGCAGUCAGCCAGCCAGGACUGCCUGUAGAUUUUUUUGAAAACGCAGAGAAACCAACUGGUUCCGUUCCAAAGAACUCAGGAUUGAGUCUUUUGGCUGGAACCUAUGAUAAGGAUGACGGCAAUGAAGAGGAGAAAUCCGAUGCAGAGGCACCAGGUUCCAGUGUCCAGAAAGAUGUACCUGCCCCUGGACUUCCAGCGGACUUUUUUGACGGCUCCAUCCCACCCGUUCCAACUGCUUCUCACUCAGGGUCAAUCCUCAAAGCAGAUGAACCAGAGAUGAUCUUAGAGAAGGACAAUACAGCCGAGGCCCUACCAGAGGGCUUUUUUGAUGAUCCAGUAAGAGAUGCUAAAGUUCGCAAUGUGGACGCACCCAAAGAUCUGCUGGACAAGGAAUGGGAUGAGUUUCAAAAAGAAAUGCGCCAGGUGAACACCAAAUCAGAGGCCAUUGUAGCUGAAGAUGACGAGGAGGGACGCCUCGAGCGUCAAAUCGAUGAAAUUGAUGAACAAAUGGAAUGUUAUCGAAGGGUGGAGUUAUUGAGGAAUAAGCAGGAUGUUGUGAGAGGGAAGUUUGUGAAGGAGAAAACUCAAGGGUCUGGGGACUCUGGGGGAAGUGAUGAGGAAGAGGACGAAGAGGAGUUGCUUCACUUGCUAUCACGAGACUGGAGGGCCAAGGGUGCGCUUGCAUAAAGGUUUUGGGAGCCCUUGACAACUGGAGAACGUUUUUGUUUGUAAAUAAAGUUUAAAGUUGAACUGAACAGAAAAUCCUGCCUGUAUUAACACUCCAUCCCCUUUGAUGUUGUGAAAAUGCUCUUGUAGUCCAGGAAAAUCUGAUAAAUGUUUCCUUUUAUACUGUCAGUCAAAGCAAUGCUUAUUUUCUAACACCACCAGUUGUGUAGUAAAAAUAACAUCUGAAGCCAAAUUGUAGUUUUGAAAGGAAUUGAUGUUGAGACAUGCUGUGAACAUCCUUAAUUUCAAGAGUGUGCUACAGGCAGUUACCUACAGGCAGUUACCUACAGGCAGUUACCUACAGGCAGUUACCUACAGGCAGUUACCUACAGGCAGUUACCUACAGGCAGUUACCUACAGGCAGUUACCUACAGGCAGUUACCUACAGGCAGUUACCUACAGGCAGUUACCUACAGGCAGUUACCUACAGGCAGUUACCUACAGGCAGUUACCUACAGGCAGUUACCUACAGGCAGUUAGGUUUGUGAUGGUCCAAUAUUUUGUGCCUAUUUGUAUGUCACUUGGGAUAAAAGUAAUAAAUGAAUACAUGUAAAAUGGUAUGGGGAAAAUAGACAGUUGGAUGUGUGAACCUCUACUACAAUGACAAGUACACGAGAGACAUGACAUCCUUGUAUUUACAUUUAUUUAGUGCUCACGCAAAACACAAAUCCCCAUAAACAUCACAGCGUUGAAGGGACAAAUCUGUUGAAACAUUGUUGGCUUUCAUUUUGAAUUCCAGUUCUCAACACACUCCUCUAAAACAGUCUGUUAAAAAUUAUAAAUUACAUGCGCAAAGCACAACCUAAUAAAAUAAUUCUCAAAACAA